AUGUUUAGGGAUGCCCGAAUUGCAGGGGAGCGCCCUUACUGGAUGGGCGAAAUUAUUUGGAACUCUUUUCUUGCACAUUGGAAUACAUCAGAGUUUCGCGAGAAGUGUGUUAUAGCCCAGAGGAACAGAGCGUCUGAAAAGGGUGGUGCCUUGCAUACUGGUGGAUUGAUCACAAUUCACGAGCAUGCCAUUCGUAUGGCACAAGCUCUUGGAUGGGCGGUCCAUGUUGACGAGGUCUUUGCACAUACCCAUGUUCGGAAGGGCACUAAUGAAUUCGUUGAUGAAGGAUCUCGCAAGACUCAUGUCUGCUUGUGGAUUGAAACUGUUAUGCAGGUUUGUGUCUGUUGUGAACAUGAUAUGCCGUCUGGUUCGCUUAGUAUUGAGGGUGUCAGUUAUCUGAAAGAAUGUCUUUCCAAAUUAGAGUUUCCUGUGCUUCCCACUGUUCAUGAUAGGUGGGUUUCGNUGCAUCCUUCUUUCGGUCUCAUCUGCUGGUGUGAUGAUAAGAAGUUGAAAAAGGAAUUCAAUCAUUCGGAAAACCUGGACUUUCUCGAUUUUCGAGAAUUGACCAAUGAUUGUAAGGAAAUAGUGCAAGAAAAAAUUUCCAUCGUCAUGAAAAGCUUUGGUAUUCCAGCUAUCUCGGAGGUGGUAACUCGGGAACCUAUAUAUUAUGGUCAUGCUGAUUCUAGUUCAAAAGAGUCAUUGGUAAACUGGGCUCUGCCAUAUGCACAGCGCUACAUUCAUAAAUUUCAUACUGAUAAAUAUGAUAAACUUAAGCAUUCUGGUUUUGAUAUUUUGAAACAUCUGAAAGUCAUUGUUGUUGAGAAGCUGUUUUACAGAAAUGUUAUAAAGACCAGUGGCAGUGUUUCGAAAAGACGAGUUGAAUGUAGUUGUCUUUUGCAGGGAAACAACUUUUACACUACUAAAGAAUCAGAUUACCAUUCAUUAUUCCUGGAGCUCUCUAGUUUAUUAUUAGAUAGGACUUCUGAAUUGCACAUGGCAAAUUUCCUUCAUAUGAUAACAACCAUGGCAGAAUCUGGAUCCUCCNAGGAGCAAAUAGAANUUUUCAUUUUGAAUAGCCAAAAAGUACCUAAACUUCCAGUUGAAGAACCUGUUUGGACUUUGUCUUCUAUUUCUUCANUUACAGAGUCUGAUNCUUUGAAACCUUCAGAUCUUGUUCCAUCUGCAAAUGAACAGAUCUUUCAAAGAAGGAAGACUGUCGUAUGCCCCAACUGGCCACCUGCUGAUUGGAAAACUGCACCAGAUUUCAGUUAUGCCCGGGCCAAUGGUUUCAAGACCAAACCAGCUCAGGUUGGCAGCUUUUCGGAAAUGAAGAAGGAUGAUGUUUCUGGAAGCAUAAUUUCCCCACCAUUUUGUGCUGAACAAGAAUCACUUACUGUUGACUGGACCAUUAAGGAAGAUCCAUCAGCAAGUUCUGUGGCGCUAGUGUUGCAUAAUAAUGUGAACUUUGAANAUCAAUCAUGCAAUCUUUUUGAGCCCUCUGCUUUUAGUACCCAUGCUNAUUCUGAUUNUGUUGGUUUGGAUGAAGCUAUAGAUGAAUCUCUGGAUGAAGCUCAUUUUAGUUUGCCAGCUUUUUGCAACAGAGAACGACUACAAACUGGCACCUUUGAUGCUAACCAAGGGAAGGUUACUGGCAGNUUAGGUGAGUUUCUUGCAUGCAAAUACUUUGUUGACAAAGUUGGNAAGACUUCUGUAAGGUGGGUUAAUGAAAUNANUGAAACUGGACUUCCAUAUGAUUUAGUCAUUAGGGAAGAUAACAAUGAAGAGUUUAUAGAAGUCAAAGCAACNAGAUCUCCAAAAAAGGACUGGUUCAACAUAUCUCUGAGAGAGUGGCAGUUUGCAAACGAUAGAAGCGAAUCUUAUAGCAUUGCAUUUGUNGCAUUAAUGGCAAAUAAUGUCGCAAGGAUCACCAUAUUCAAAGAUCCAGUAAAGUUAUGCCAACAAGGUGAGCUGCAAUUGGCUGUUAUGAUGCCAAGACAACACAAGGCGUUCUCUGUUGUNUCAUAG